CAUCAGCACCAUGCGCUGGGCCACCAUUCUCAUCCUCGCUGAGCUCUGCGGAGCCUCCCUGGGCCAGUACAAUGAAGAAGAAGACAUGGCUUGGUUGCAGUACUACAUGAGGCAGUCCCGGAUGUCCUCCUAUAACUACGUGCCCUACUACGAGGAUGAGAACACCCCUUAUGUGUACUCCUACCUGCCAGCUCCAGACACGGAAGCAGAGCCCGGGCCUGAACCUCAGCAAGCAUCUUCCUGGCAGUGUCCCCAAGAGUGUGAUUGUCCCCCCAACUUCUCCUCAGCCAUGUACUGCGACACACGGAACCUGAGGUACCUGCCCUUCGUGCCCUCCCGCAUGAAGUACGUCUACUUCCAGAACAACCAGAUCACUGCCAUCCAAGAGGGAGCUUUCGACAACGCCACGGAGCUGGAGUGGUUGGCACUGCACAACAACCACAUCUCCAGCGAGAAGAUGGGCAAGAGGGUCUUUGCCAAGCUCAAAAACCUGGAGAGGUUGUACAUGAACAACAACAACCUGACCAAGAUGCCCAGCCCCUUGCCGCGGUCCCUGAGAGAGCUGCACUUGUCUUACAAUCAGAUCUCCAAGGUGCCCUCCAAUGCUCUGGAGGGUCUGGAGAACCUCACGGCCCUGUACCUCAGCCACAACUACAUUUUUGAGAUGGGAGCAUCCCUCAAAGGGCUCAAGUCCUUGAUCCUCGCUGAUCUGAGCUACAACCACCUCAGGAAAGUCCCCGAUGGGCUCCCAAUAGCUUUGGAACAGCUCUACUUAGAGUACAACUACAUCAACACCAUCCCUGAUGAUUAUUUCAAGGUCUCUCCCAAGCUGCUCUAUGUACGGAUGUCCCAUAACAGCCUGACAAACCAAGGUCUCUCCACCAACACGUUCAACAGCAGCAGCAUCCUCGAGCUGGACCUCUCUUACAACAGGCUCCAGAAGAUCCCCCGGGUCAGCACCAACCUGGAGAACCUCUACCUGCAAGGGAACCAAAUCAACGAGUUCUCCAUCAGCAGCUUCUGCACCGUGGUGGAUGUCAUGAACUACUCCAGGCUCCAGGUCCUGCGGCUGGACGGGAAUGAGAUCAAGCGGAACGCGGUGCCCCCCGACGCGCCGCUGUGCCUGCGCCGAGCCACCAUCAUCGAGAUCUAACCCGGCCCCGGCCCCCUCCCCAGCUCAGGACUUGGCUCCUCCCUUCCCGGGAGACCCUCACCCCUGUCUUAACGCAGCUUGACACGGUUUGACUUGGCUUCCGCAGCAGCACAGUCCGGGUGCUCCAACACCAGUCACACGGGUGGGCAGGAGCUCUUGUACCCCACCUGCUCCCUAUUCUCAGCUGUCUGGCCAUGCAGAGUGGGACAUUACCCCUCUGACCCCCCCCAAAGUGCUGCAGCCAUUCACCUUCUCCCCCUGGCUUGGGUGGGAUGCAGCAGAAUGGGAUGCAGCAGAAUGGGAUGCAGCUCAUCCCACCUCCAAGCACAGAGCAUCAGACCCCCAUGGGGACGGUUUGGGUCCUGCAGAGCCACCAAACCCAAAAGGACUCACCCCAGGCUGGAUGCCAGUGGGCCCCAAGAGCAGCAUCAGGAGGUUGGGAGCUGUAAAGUGUUAAAGAUACCCUGGCUGCCAGCAUCCCUCAGUCUUGGAUGGGGAAGAGCAAAUCCACUCUUCCCCCUCUAUUUUUCCGCCCCUUCCAUCUGCUCCAGAGAUAAAGGAGAAACUGCUGAGGUUUGAGAGAAACACCCUGAGAAACAGCCUCCAAGGGGGCUCACAUCUUCCCCCAGGCCACCAGUUCAGGGCAGGACCAGGGCCAUGGGAUGCGGCAAUUCCCAGUGCCAUCACGAUCCCAGCCACCAGCUCCGCUCCCAGCUCCAGGGUCUCCCAGUUACAAUAGCCAUAACACCACCAUUGCAGGGAUGUCUGAAUCACCAAAACCACCCAACUUGGUUCCUUGGACAGUUUAGUUUGGGAACCAAAGCUGAGCUUUGGGGAUGACCUGCAAGAGGUCACCCAGACCCUCCGCAUUUAAACUGCAUGCUGACACUAGACACAAACCCAACCCCUGUGCUACCACCAGCGCAUGAGCUCUACAUCUCAUACCCCCCAAUAAAGCCCUUUCUGUAACUGCA